UAUAAAAAUUUUAACUAUAAUUUAUACAUUUUGGUGGGACAUUUUCUUGUCUCCUCUUCAAAUUAGAAAAAAAACACCAAUGUAAAAGACAAAAAAAUAACAGAAUAAAAAAAACCUUGCAAACCUUCUGUUUUCAAAAACCCAACUUAUUGUUUUGUAUAUUUCAACUGAAAACAAAAAUUAUUUCCACUGAAUUAACUUUAAAUAAACAAAAAAAGCUUUGGAAGUUAAAUGAUGUGAUUUCUUCCGAAGAGUAAAUUUUCAAAAAAAAAAAAAAAAUAUUGUAUGCUCUCAAUUUCUCUUCAUUGCUCCAAACAUUUGAAGAACAAAAAUCGUUUUACAUUUCCAAAACUAUUAGUUGCAAGUGAGAUUCCGUAUUGUGCGGCCGAUCGUUGUUUUCGCUUCCUCAGAUCGGUUCCUUCGCAUUGUGUUAUUCUUCUUCUUCUCCUUUUUAAAACAAAAAUGUAUUUUUAGAAUAAUUUUGUGCUUUCAAUUAAACAAAAAUACAGAUUUAGCUUAAAAUAAAUAUCGUUAUUUCCAAACAACGUGACGCCACAGUAAUGUGACGGUUUUCUUGUUCAAUAACAAAUUACUUCCCACGGCAACAAAAAAAAGAUCAAAGAAAAUUUUUUGAAAUAAAUUUAAAAUGUCACGAAAAAAACACUCGUUUAGGAGUCAAAAUUCAUCUUCCUCAUUGGAAACGAAUCCGCGCAAACGAGUGGGAAGAUGUUGCCGCAAGUUUGUUGCCUUUAUGUGCACACAAGUUGGAGUCGGCGCAUUAAUUGUGGUUUAUGCGAUAUGCGGAGCCUUUAGUUUCACAGCUAUCGAAACGCAAUACGUUGACGAAUCAAGUGUUAUUGUUAGAAAUCUCAGAAACAACUUUUCGGAAGAACUAUGGAUGAAAACAGAAACGUUGAAUUUAUUCAAUCGAACCCUUUGGGAGACAGAUAUAGACAAAAUUCUAAAACGAUAUCAAUAUAACAUAACACAAAUGAUAAAAAAAGGUUAUGAUGGGCGAACUCCGCAGCAGAUUUGGUCUUUUCCAGCAGCUUUAAUGUUUUGUCUAUCAGUAUUUACAAUGAUAGGAUAUGGCAAUAUGGUUCCACGGACACCUUGGGGAAAAGGUUUUACAGUGAUUUAUGCAACAUUGGGUAUACCCUUGUACAUAUUGUAUUUCCUUAAUAUGGGCAAAGUUUUGGCCAAAUCUUUUAAAUUUCUUUACCGUGGUUUGCAUGAGUGCACCCAAGAUAGUGACGAAUUAGAAUCAGGUGUUCGAAAAAAAAUUAUUGUACCCUCGACGGCGUGUUUGUGGGUUAUUAUGUUUUAUAUAUUAACGGGAACAGUAAUGUUUGCCAAUUGGGAACAUUGGUUCUACCUGGAUUCCUUUUAUUUCUGCAUGACAAGUCUUUGCAAAAUCGGUUUCGGCGAUUUUGUUCCUGGUGCUAGUAUUCAUCCGGGCGAUGUCCAAACGAUAAGCGAUUUGGAAAGAGAUCAGCAAACAAAAUUGGCUAUUAAUUUUUUAUACAUGCUAAUUGGCAUGGGACUAGUUGCUAUGUGUUAUAAUCUUAUGAGAGAAGAAGUGCGGGUUAAGAUGCAAGAAAUUAAGGAGGACAUGAAUUUGUGUUUGGAAGAUAUGCGAUCGCGAUCUGCUUUGUGUUGUGGACGUGAUAGCUAUGAUGAAGAGAGUUAUUACUAGAUAUGCACUUUUUUAUCUAUUUUUUGUUUUUAAAUUAAUUGUGCCCCAAAAUG